AUGCCCAGAUCAAGCUUCCACCGCGCCGGCGAACAACUCCUCUACUACUCCGUCCCUCCCCUCAUCGGCAAUACCAACAAACUCUGCGGCCUCGGUAUCAACUUUUCCCUCGGCCCGCUCUUCAAUCCUCGGAAGAUGACAGAGUUUAUCGAAUACGCCGAUGAAAGUUAUUCGGAGCAGUGUAUCCCCGUCAUCUACCUUGCUGAGAUCAACCUCCUCCUUGGGGGUAACCUGAAGACGUUUACGAGUGUACUUUGUAGUAGGAGAGUACCUACUUGGGAUACCCCCAUUCCUCAGGGGAAAGAACCUGCCAAUGCCCUGCAUUUGGACGUGUAUCUCCGACGUCAUGGGCCAAGACUGCCGGCUAAUACGAUCACCAUCCGGACGAUCUACAACGACCCUCCCGGCACUUCCAUCGAACAGACGGUCUUGAGCUGGUCGAGUAUCGUCACAAGCGCUCCUCACGUGAAGCAUGUGAAUGAGAUCCAUAUCUACCAAGCGGCCAAGGCGAAGGAGGAGGUCCUCAAGUUGCGAGGAGGCGUGACGGAGGAGCUGCUGGAAGCGAAGCCGUUUGAGUUUGUCGAGGUGGACUAUGAGGCCUUUCCGCCAGCAGAUCGGGAUGCUGAAGGUGGUGAGUUGUUUUGGAAGGAGGCACGCUGGUUUACGCGGAGUGCUUUGACGAGGCGGUACUCCUGGCCGAUCGCUUAUACGGCUGAGGAGGAUGUAUGGUGAGCACAGUGAUGUAGGCUAGGGAAGGCAGUAG